CCUCCAGCUAGCAGCACAACAAAGCUGAUUAGUUUAGCUUGUGGCCAGAACAUUGCAGCAGGUAGACAAUGGAGGAGAGAACAACAAUGCAGGUUUUCAACGAUCCUCUUUAUGGCCCCAUCGAGAUGCACCCUCUGCUGGUGACAAUAAUCGAUACUCCAGAGUUUCAGCGCUUGAGGAACAUCAAGCAACUCGGAGGAGGCUAUUUUGUCUUUCCAGGAGCUUACCAUAAUUGCUUUGAGCACUCCAUUAGUGUGGCUCAUCUGGCAGGACAGCUUGUAAAGAGUCUGAAAGCUCACCAUGGUUUGAAUAUAAUAACUGAACAAGAGGAACUCUGUGUGCAGAUUGCAGGACUGUGUCGUGACCUGGGUCAUGGUCCAUUCUCUCAUGCAUUUGAGGAAUUCAUGAAGAAAGUAAAGCCAAAGUGGAAGCAUGAAGAGCAAUCAGUCAAAAUGUUUAAAGACCUCAUUGGAAAACAUAACAUUAAGGAGAAGAUGGUAAAUGAAGGAUUAGAAGAGAAACACUUGAAACUGAUUGAGGCUCUUAUCAAUCCAAGUAACAAGGACAUUCAACAGGACGAGCCUUACUUGCAGCAGAUUGUGGCCAAUCCCAGAACCGGCAUUGAUGUUGACAAAAUGGACUGUUUAAUUCGGGAUUGCCACUAUCUGGGAAUGAAAUAUAAUUUCUCCCCUGAACGUUACAUGAAAUUUGCACGAGUUUGCACUAAUGAGAAGGGUGAAAAGCAGAUCUGCAUGUUAGACAAGGAAGCAAGCAACAUAUACGAGCUCUUUCACAUUCACAACCUCCUUCACCAUAAGGCCUACCAACACAGGGAUAAAAAAGCAGCUGAACUCAUGAUAGUGGAUGCGCUGAAAGCAGCUGAAGAAACCUUCCAAAUCUCUGCUCAAGUGGAAGACCUCCAAGAAUACAUGACUCUCACAGAUGACAUUCUUCAACGAAUCAUACACCACCAAGACAACAUGGACUCAACAGACUCAAACCCUGAAGAUAUCCUCAAGAGAAUUUUUCAACCUGGCAUUCAAGGCGUCAUUGGUCGCUUUCUUCAAAACAAUCAGCCAAAAGAAGACACAACGGACUCAAAACUCAAAACAGCAGAGAAAGCACAGAAAAUCAUCAGGAGAAUUUUUAAACGUGAUUUUUACAAGUUCGUUGGUGGAAAAAUACUUGAGCCUGAGAACGUGAGACAACUGGAAAAUGCUGAAUCCCAGAGAGAAAUGCUGAGAGAAUGGUUGGAUCAAAUUAUGGAAUAUAAGCCUCUGCCACUCAAUGCUGACGACUUUGAAGUUGUGCUUAUCAAAUUUAACUACGGCAUGAAACGGAAGAAUCCAAAUGAUGUUCUCCGAUUCUACAAGGAAGAUAAUCCAGACCAACCGAUACAACUGCCCGAAGAUGAGGUCUCAUAUCUCCUGCCUCAGAAACUUGAAGAAACCAAGGGCAUGCUUUUCUACAAGGGAGAUGAUGUCUUUGUUGAGGAACUGGCCAAGGAGUAUAUUGAAGUAUUCUGGACAAACAUGAUGGAGGACUCCAAGGCAAAAUGGCUCAGUGAGAUCUUUCCCUUUGCUCGUAACCAGCAUGAGUUGAAAGAUUUUAUGGUCAAGAAUUCAUUUUUAUAGUUAGUUGAGGCUCUGGGCUCCCAAGUGGUGCAACUAUGCAAAACUGUACAAAAAUUGUAUCUCGGCAAGUUUAAUCCUCUUAAAUCAAAAUAACAGAUACAUCUAAUAUUUCUCAUUUUGAAGUUGUUGUAAAAAUGUUACAAUAUAACUUAAUGAGUACAUAUCUUACAUUUUUUGAGGUCCACAUAUAACAAUUAUGUGAUUUUACACACCAAAAAUCCUAAUUCAUGUGUACAUAAGCAUCUUCCAAAAGUUCUUGAUCCCUUAGAAAUAUAGAGGCUCCUUUACAGAAAAAGGAAAAAACCUACAUAACUUUUAAUGUAAGUCAAUGGAACCAGACUUUUUUCCAUGUAAUUUUGGGUCUUUUCUUUUGGUCCAUUCAUGUACACACCAUGUAAAGGACAACAGACAAAAAUGGAGAUAUGAGAUUUUCUUUUGACAGCAUAUAUAUAUAUAUACAUGAGCCUUAUUAAGCUCUAUUUUAUGUGCUUAAUAAGUACAAUGAAUUUCUGUCUUUUUCAUUACGUCUCAUUUAUCUUUUAUGUAUCUUAUAAUGUGGUUAUUGAUCUUUUCUCUUCCACUUAAUCAAUUCAAACGUAACAAUAACUGCUUGUUGCAAAGUGCCUUCCAGAGUUAUCAGAACUCAGGAUGUUUUAAGCUUAGCUAACUAAUGUUAUUUUAUGUAAUUAUUUAUUUUGUUUAUUAUUUUCUUAUAUUAUGAUGAUAUGAUUACUGUUGGUUACUGUAGUUGGAAAAUUGGUAUUUUAUUUCUUUAUUUGAGAAUCAUUACUUUUGUAGUUUUAGUUUUCUUCAUCUAUGGAAUGUAGAAUGUGGUUUUAUUCUGUGGAAGGUGGCACUGAAUUUAUAGUCAGACCAUACUGUACUUGAUAAAGGAGACAAGAACACUUGAGCAAAAGAGGAGAGAAAUGGUUCAGCUGGUAACAUCUUGUAACAACUGAACUGUACAGCACACACUGUAACUGUAAGCUCUCCUCUAUAGUACAUGCCUUGGUCAACUUUAUUUAGGGAAAUUCUAGUGAUUCGCAAAACACACACAUUCUAACAUGUUACUUAUUCUGUUUCAACUGUCCAAAGAUAAGAGGCAGCACUGAAAACGGCUUCAGUUUAGAUUUUAUUUUUAAAAAUGGAAAUCUGUCUCUAUAACAUCCUUAUGAUUUAUUUUUUUAUUUCAGAAAUAAACAUGUUAUACAUUUGUGUGUUUUUACUGUGUGU